ACGGACGAGAAGGUUUUAUUAAUUUAUUCAGAUUUCUAUUUUCUAUAUAAAAGAAGUCUGUGUCCUGUGGUUUUAUUACUAUUUAUUAAUAUAGACAUAUUGUUCUAUCAUUAAACAUAUCUUUGAUUAUUAAUUAAUAAUUAUUAUUCUGGUUGGAUUUUGGAUGUGUUUACUUGUGUGGGUAGCGAGUACUUACUACUUGGCACUUGCUAGUUGCUACUUACGGUUUUCGACUUUAGUCGUGAAUACUAAACGUCAUUGCGUUAACAAUUAAAUAAUUCUUUACGUUUUCCAAACCAUAUUUUCUAGUCAAUUGUCAGUGGCGUUUUGUGCAGUCAAAAGUUGUCACACCGUUCUCACCUAUCAGUAAUUAUCUGCUUUAGGUAUUUCCGUAGAAAAAAUAAUUUUACUUCAGCAUGACUUCAAUAGAAGUGAAGGAAGUGGUCGAGCAUCCCAUAAAAUUGAGAGUAAUGCGCCUCGGUAAACCAGUCAUGUUUAACUCAAAGAUAGUGACGUGUGAUUCAAAAGAUUUACCAGGAGCUGCAUUGAAUGCACAUUUAAAAAAAGAUGUGACUACAUUGGCUGAUGCUGAAACAUUGGCGGCCGGGUCGUUUCUCAUGGUUCCUAAUGUUCUAGAAAAUUUGUAUCUGGGCGAAACAUUUCUAUGUUAUAUUUACUUGAAAAAUGAAAGUUCUCAAACAGUCUAUGAUAUUAUUUUGAAAGCAGAAAUUGAUACUGCGACAUCACAUAUACCGAUUUUGGGACCAAAAGCUUUUUCCAAGUUGGAUCCAUAUGCUUCUAUUGAUGUUAUUGUAAAGCACGAAGUCAAAGAACACGGUAGUGUCAAUAAAUUGAUUUGUCAAGUGGAAUAUGAUAGGAAACAUUCGUUUGAAACAAUUUUCAGCUAUAGAGUUCCAAAACCUUUAGAUUUAAAAACAAAAUUUUACAAUACUGUAACUGAUGAAGUUUACCUAGAAGUUCAAGUCCAAAAUAUUAUGUCGACUCCGAUCUCAUUAGAAAAAUUUAUCUUAGAAUCAUCAAUUGGAUAUGAUGUUAAUUCAAUGAAUCAUUUACUUGAAAGUUCAGAGGAUAAAUCUAUUUUCGGAGAUAUGGACAUACUGGAUGUGAAAGAAACAAGACAGUAUAUGUAUAGAUUAAGCUUAGAUAAAACUGCUGAAAAAAAUCCCACAAGAACAAAUAAUCUUGGCAAGUUGGACAUUUUAUGGCGGUCUAAUAUGGGUACUAAAGGUCAAAUACAAUCCAGUCCAUUAGUGAGACAGAUUCCAGAAUUAGACGACAUAACGUUCUCUAUAACGUAUUUGCCUGAUAUGGUUUUUUGUGAAGAACAAUUUGACUUCACAUGCUCAAUAAAAAACAACAGAAACCGUGACAUGCAGCUUGUUGUUGAAGUCAGUGACGAAGAAGAUAGUAAUCUUGCUUGGACUAUGAUUUCUGGCAUACAGUUAAGACUUUUACCUCCAUAUGCAACAAUCAAAACAGUAUUCUCGAUGGUGGCGCUAAAUCAUGGCUUACAAGUUAUAUCGGGUAUUAAACUAAAGGAAUUAAUUCUGAACCGUACAUACUCAUACAAUAACUUUGGCCAUGUAUUUGUCACUCAAAAUGUUAGUUAAUACUUCAAUGCUAUUUAUAGCUAGUUUCUGUGAUAUUUUUUAAUUAUAAAACAAUUAACUAAUAUAGACCUUUAUCUUAUAAUAGUAAAUUAUUAUUUAUUAUUUUUUUGUAAAUUUAUUUAUCAGUAACUAAUAGUUGUUUUUCCCUAUUAUUGUAUUGUAUAUUUUAUUCACUUAAGCAAUAAGUAUUCCAAAAUAUUAAACAUGUUAUAAAAUAAUCAAAUAAACAUUUCUAGUACAUUAUUUUAUUUAUAAAUAAAUUAUAUUAUACUUAACAUUGUUUUGAUCAGGUCUAUUUUAAAAUAAAUAAUAAAAAUAAAACAACA